AAAAUUAUUCGUAGCCUCAAAUGGACGGACUUGUAAGGAUACCUAAGAGUAAUAGUUCGAAUAUAAGAUCUCAAUUGGAUGAGACACAGAGUGAUGAUCCUCAUGUGCCUCCAAAUUUCUUCGAUGACACAUAUUUAUUGCCUAGUUUCUAUAUGCCUGAGAACAAGGAGUUGCUUGUGCAUACUCAUAAUAGCAUCAGGAGAACCUUAUUCAGCUCUACUUUUAUGGAUAUCAAGUUUACUGAGUACAAGAGGCUGAAGGAAGAUGAUGACUUCUUUGAAUUCAAGGAUCUCCAAGAAGCAGAAGAGGGAUUCUUCAAUUACUAUAAUGAUCACUAUUUGCAGCCUGAAAGAAACUAUAGACUGCUUGACGUCCAGACUUGGACUUUUAAUAGAAAUGGGAUAAAUGAGUCUAAAUAUUUAGUCAAGUUUUAUCAUACUGACAAGGAUGAAUUCAGAUCCAAGAUUUACCCACAGAAUUGGAUUGACUACUUCAGGAUGAGAUGGCACCAAAGGAAGAUCUUGAAGUUAGUAUAACUCCUUGAUAAGUAUUCAAUAACUUAGCUCUUUCAAUA